AGUAUGUGUGGGGAGUGAAUGAAGGUAAAUACUAAAUAGUGACAUAAACGAAAAGAGUCCCCGAAGAAGGGAAUCCGGAACACCUCAAUCGAAGGUCGAAGCUCCCAAAACAAUGGCCGUCUCGAACCUACAGAGACUCUCCGCCCAAAUCCACCGUCUUCCUGCGCUUUCAUUCUAUUCAAAGUCUCUAAUUUCGAGAUCUUCGGUCACCUCAACCUCACCCCCACCCCCAUCGCCAUCUUCGUCUUCCUCAAAAAAAGUUUCUGAUCGUAUUGUGAAGCUCUUCGCAAUCGAUCUGGAUGGGAAGAAGCGGGAGAUCGUUGGCUUGACCGGUCACACUCUUCUUAAGACCCUGGCCAACGCCGGUAUGAUCGACCCGGCCUCCCACCGGCUCGAGGAUAUCGACGCUUGCUCCGCCGAAUGCGAGGUCAACGUUGCCCAGGAAUGGCUCGACAGGCUUCCGGCGCGCUCUUACGACGAGGAGUACAUUCUCAAGAGGAACUCAAGAGCUAGAGUUCUCAACAAGCACUCCAGGCUCGGCUGCCAGGUCGUCCUCACGCCUGACCUCCAAGGUAUGGUCGUCGCCGUCCCCGAGGCUAAACCCUGGGAUAUCCCAUAAGAAAGAAGCUAGGGCUUUUUCUUUCGCUUAAUUUUUUUUUUUUUUUGGUUUGAGGUUGGAUAUGAAAUAAUUUGCUUGUUAUUUUGCUGAAACUUUGGAAAAAGCAUUACAUUUUGAUAAAAUUGGACUGGGGCUGGCUUCUAUGCCCUCUGUUUAAGACUAAUGCCAUUUCAUUUAAUGA